AAGAUGAGUUGAGAAGAAGAUGAGUCACUCUGUGGAGAUUUAAGAACACACACUUUACUGCAGUAAAAGUACAAGUACUACAGGGUAAAAGUACUCAGAGUACCAGAGUAGAAGUACUCUGCUACAAGUUAAUGUCCUGUAUCUAAAAGCACUGACAUUGAAAUAUACUCUAAAGUAAAACUACUGACUCAGCUGAAGGACCCAUCACAGAGUGAUUAACAUGUUAUUAUAAUCAUUACUGAUUUAUUAUUAAUUAGCUUUAGUGAAGUUAAUGUGGUAUAAUGAAAUUAUAUCGCCAUCUUAGUUUUUAUUCUGUUUGUAGUUCCUGUCUCUUCAGGAGCGGUGGGAUUCAGAAGCAGAGUCAGAGUGAGACCUCUCUUCUUCCACAGAUAACUUUGAAAACUUCUCUCUCCCCGUUUACAACACUGCUGUUUGUCUGUGGAGACAAAACCACACCUGUUACCUGUCCUCUGUUACCUGUUCUUACCUGACGUGGUCUGAGGUGUGACUGCAGUGAACUGACCUCUGACCUGUUUGAGGGUUUAUCAUCUGUCCCUGGAGUUCUACGUGGGCCCUGCAGAACACCAUGAUCAGCCUGCGAUGAAGCCAUCUACCAGGAACCAGGAAGUCGACACAAAACACACUGAUAACACUCACUGUCCUCUGUGUGUGUGUGUGUGUGUGUGUAGCUGAGUUUGGACGUGGAGGAGCUGGAGGAGAUCGAGGAGGACGCUGGUCUCUGACUCACAUGCAGCUGAGUGAACAGAGCAGUUCACCUGCUGUGGUUCACACCUGUCCUGAUCAAACAUCUGUGUGGAGUCUGUGAGACGUUCAGAGUUCCUGUUGAUUUAAAAACUGUAAAUUAAAGCUGUGAGUUUGUGUGAGGUUCAGUUCAGGUGUUUCAGCCUGAAACUGCAGCUGCUUCAGUCUCACACAGAAACACAGACAUGAAACUGGGCGUCUGCUGCUUCAGUUUCAGGACUCUCUGACCUCUGACCUCUGGAUUCAGACUCAUCUAAGACUUGUUAGAAUAAAGGCGUGUGUUUAAAGACUCUUUAAAAUGAGUUGUUUCAGCUUCUUUUUCUAAUGAAAAGGAUUUUGAACUGUUCUGUGCUCAGUUUUAAUAAUUAUAUAAUAAUAAAAAAGAUGAAGCUGAACCAGUUUUUUAAAGUUAGAAAUGAAUGAAUUAAUAAAUGACAGCACAUCAAAGUGAAGUCUGCAGCUCAGGAGAUUGAUCUGAAUUCAUUCAUUAAACUUAUAUUGAAUUCAGUGGUUGUAAAAUAAUUAUUUUUUACAGUGUAAUGUUUUCACCUGGAUGACGCAGCUCAGGUGUCCAGCUGAUCUGAAGCUCUCACAGUUUCAGGAGGUGUUUCUGAAUGAACAGGAAGCUCCUCCCACAGCAGCGGCCGACAGGUGAGUCUCUGAGGCUCCGCCCCCUCACCCCAAGCUUUAUUUGGCACGGGAACAGGUGAGAGCUCAGACCGCAGGAGGAUCCUCAGACUCAGCUCAUCACAUCACAUCAGGUUGAAGCCGCUGAGGAGAAACAUGCUGCAGCUGAAUGAGACGGACUUUCACCUCCCGCUGUCCGAGUUUAGCUUCGAGCGACGCUUCGACGACAGAGGAGCGAUUCGGUGGAUGCAGGCGAACUGGAGUAAGUCGUUUGUGUUCAGCGCUCUGUACGCCGCCCUGGUGUUUGGAGGUCAGCACUACAUGAAGCCUCGGCCCAAGAUGAACCUGCGGCGGCCGCUCGUCCUCUGGUCGCUCAGCCUCGCUCUCUUCAGUAUCAUCGGUGCGGUUCGGACCGGCUCCUACAUGCUCCACAUUCUGAGCAGCAGCGGCUUCAGACGCUCCAUCUGUGAUCAGAGCUUCUACAGCGGACCGGUCAGCAAGUUCUGGGCCUACGCCUUCGUCCUCAGCAAAGCUCCAGAGCUCGGUGACACGGCGUUCAUCGUGCUCAGGAAGCAGAAGCUGCUCUUCCUGCACUGGUACCACCACAUCACCGUGCUGCUCUACUCCUGGUACUCCUACAAAGACAUGGUGGCCGGCGGCGGCUGGUUCAUGACCAUGAACUACGCUGUGCACGCGCUCAUGUACAGUUACUACGCGGCGCGAGCGGGCGGCGUGCGCGUGCCGCGCCCCUUCGCCGUGCUCAUCACCAGCGCUCAGAUCGCUCAGAUGGCCAUGGGGCUGACGGUGAGCGGGCUGGUGUACGGCUGGAUGCAGCAGGGAGACUGCCCCUCCCGCCUCGACAACAUCACCUGGGCCGCGCUCAUGUACCUCAGCUACCUGCUGCUCUUCUCCAACUUCUUCUACCAGACGUACCUGCGGCGCCACGCAGCCGACGCCAAGGCCCACAAGACCGAGUAGACGAGGACGAGGAGCAGAGUCUGGUCUCUGUCCACGACUGACAAACACACACAAACUUAAUCUAAUGUUUCUCAGAGUCCAGGAUGGAAACUCCUCUGACUGAGGCUCAGAGCUUCACAGCAGGUGUUAGGUACAGGUGGUACAGGUGGUACAGGUGGUACAGGUGUCUUCCUGUUUCUAACACACUGCAACAUGAACUCACUCCGUCCUUGAUCCUCAACACUGAUUAAAACCUAAACUAGUCUGAAAUGAUUUGAUUCUUCAGUCCAACAGGAAGUGAUAGCUCAGGUGUGUUCAGGUGUGUUCACAUGUAAAGCAGGUUUAUCUUUGUCUCCGCCCGUCCUCGUGUUCAUCACACCCACCAACACGCCCGUCACAUUCCUGCAGGCUGAUGAAACCAGACACUCCCGACCUCCUCAGACUGGUUGGACUGGUUCCUCCUCCCUCCUCCUCCCUCCUCCUCCCUCCCUGCUCAGGUGAGACAGGAGCCAAUCAGGAGGAGCUCAGCAGGUUUUAAUGUCACCGGGUGUCUGACACUGUUGUUGUUGUUGUUGUUGUUGUGCACAGAUUCUCACUGAGGUUCACAAACAUGUCGAGUGUUGGGAGGAGAUUUCAGCUCAUUGAUCGAUCGGUUAUUGAUCCUGUACAAACACAAACUGAUCAGGUGAUUUCUAAUGUGAUGAAUCAGCAGCAGAUCACCUCACCUGAUCAGCUGAAUCCAGAUGUUUCCCUGAACGUCAGUCAGAGGUUUUUUCAUCCUGAUGUUUUUAUUGUUGAACUGAAACGUUGACCUUCACCUCUGUAUUUAUUGAUUUGUAUUUGUAUUUAUUUGAUGGAUGAUGGCUCCUGAUCGGCAGCUGGACACGUCUCAUUUCACUUCAUCACCUCAGUUUAUUUGAACCCUGGAAAACACCUGGUGAACAUUCAUCACUGUUCAGUUUAUUUUCCUGUUUUAAACGUGUGAACGAGUCGACGGACGAAUCAGGAAGUUUCUGUUUCUCUGAAUCAGUUUGAAAAGACGACGAAAAACCGUCAGAUUCCAGUGUUUAAUUUAUUGUUUGAAAAAGUUUAAUAAACGUUUUUCACUAAAA